GUGGCUGCUGUGCGCCAGUUGGAGGUGUGUGUGCCUGUCGCAGCGGCUCGGGCAGCUGACAUUUAAAGAAGAGCCUGUCCAAUGCUUGAGCUGAAAGCAUCCAGGCAGGGACUCACCGAGGACACAUGGAUGGACAGGGACACAACCCACCAGCAGCUGCCGCGAGGGAUUUUUUCUGGAUAUAAUGGGGAAUACAACACCUAAACCACUGAUAGAUGUGAAUCUACAACACCGCCCGGUGGCCAGCAGGCAGUACUACACUCUGCCUAGCAAUGGGACGGGUGUAGAAAGGAGAACGUCCGCUUCCCCUGUCAGCAUCAACUUGGAGUCGCCCCAUUUUCACCCGCACGCAAAGGGCAAGAACAUCAGGCUAGACGGGCAGCUUCGCCGUGCUACGCGCAAGAACAGCUUCUGUAACGGCAUCACGUUCACCCACCGCCCGGUUCACCUUUACGAAAAGGUGCGACUACGUUUGACUGGCGUCCACACUGGCUGGAGUGGAGCCCUGCGCUUUGGCUUUACCAGCUUGGAUCCCAGCGAUCUGGUGGCCACCGACAUCCCCAAGUACGCCUGCCCAGACCUGGUGACACGGCCCGGUUACUGGGCCAAGGCCCUGCCUGAGAGACUGGCAUCCAAGGAUAACGUGUUAUCGUUCUGGGCCGACCGCCAUGGACGGGUUUUCUACAGCAUCAACGACGGAGAGCCCAUCCUCUUUCACUGCGGGCUCAGCAUCGGCUGUCCACUCUGGGCCAUCAUCGACAUCUACGGCAUCACCCAGGAGGUCUCGCUACUCGACAGCACGUUUGCUGAGAGCGUGGGCUCCAGCUGCCUGAGCGCGGCCCGCCUCAGUGCCUACCUGCCCCAGAGCAGCCAUGACUCGGCCAAUUACAGCAACAAUCAGCUGGAGAGCAACCAGGCUGCUGCUGCCAAGAUGGCCAACCUGCAGCUCGGCACCUACCCCCAGCUCAUCCCCUGCUGCUCUUCCUCCCCCACCUCGUCCUCCUCUGUCUCYGCCUCAGUGCCCCGGGUGGUCCGGGGUGGCCUGCCCUCCCUGCUCGACAACGACUUGCACUUUCACCCCGUCCGGGGCUCUGAUGUGAUUCUCUCGGCCGACCGCUCGGCCGCCUGCAUCCACUUUCUGGACAGCAGCCGGACUCUGGUGUUCAGCGACCGGCCGCUGCACGUCGGGGAGACGUUGUACGUGGAGGUGGGCCACCUGGGCCUGCCUUACUUUGGAGCGCUGGCGUUUGGUUUGACCUCCUGUGACCCGGCGUGUCUGCACGCCGCUGACCUGCCGGCUGACCCCGACGUUCUCCUGGACCGCAAGGAGUACUGGGUGGUGCACCGGGGCUUCCCCAUGCCUUGUUCUGGAGACGUUCUCAGCUUCAGCCUGCUGCCCAGCGGAGAGGUGCACCACGGGGUGAACGGAGCGGGGCGGGGCCGGCUUCUCUGCGUGGACUCCUCUCAGGUCCUGUGGGCCUUUUUCACCCUGCACGGGGUUGUUAACAGACUCAGGAUACUCGGAACACUGCAGUCCAGCCCUCCCUGCACGUCCCCCACAGCCUCUCAGAGCAGCAGCCCGGAUGACAGUGACUCAGACCUGGCGUUCAGCGUCAACAGAUCCUCCUCUGCUUCUGAAUCCUCUCUGGUGACUGCUCCCAGCUCCCCCCUCAGCCCCCCCACCUCCCCCCGGCUUCCUGUCUCCGAGCUGCCCCCUGCUGGCAAAAACGGAGAGUGCACCAUCUGCUUCGACCAGGAGGUGGACACGGUCAUCUACACCUGUGGACACAUGUGCCUGUGCAACGACUGCGGGCUGAAGCUGAAGAGGCAGAUCAACGCCUGCUGCCCGAUAUGCCGGAGGCCCAUCAAGGACGUGAUCAAAACGUACCGCCCGUGACGGGAGCUACAUCUUUACCUCCCGGUGACUCUUCUCAGGCCCGGCCGGACGACAGUUCUGACGCCAACUGGAGUUAAGCCACUCUCGAACAUCGUUGUGCCUCUUUACCCUUCGUUUCAGAUGGAAMAAUACAAUCUGGAGACAGAGUGGACUCUUCAAACGCAUGAUGACGUACAGUUUGAAAACCAGAUUCCGUAUGUGUACUUUGGCACAAAACAAAGUGAUGUGCUCCUUUUUUUCUUUUAAAAAAAAUAAAACAAACCAAUGUUUUUAA